AUGGCUCGCAGAUACGACUCGCGGACGACAACGUUUAGUCCAGAAGGUCGUCUUUUCCAGGUGGAGUAUGCUCUCGAGUCGGUGAACCAUGCUGGAACGUGCAUAGGUCUGCACACAGAGAAUGGCAUAUUGCUUGCUUCCGAGAAAAAGAUUAUGUCGAAGCUUCUCGAGCAAAGUAGUACGCCAGAAAAACUUUGGAAAAUAGACCAGCAUAUAGUCGCUGCAAUCGCUGGACUGAACGCAGACGCGAUGAUUCUGAUAAAUUUUGCGAGAGUGAUUGCUGGGCGCUACAGAGCACGAUAUGGGACAUUGAUCCCAGUGGAGAAUCUUGUGCAAGAAUUGAGCGAUCACAAACAAGGAUACACACAAUUCGGUGGCCUUCGGCCGUACGGAGUUGCUUUUCUCUUUGCGGGUUGCGACGGGCGGAACGGAUUCCAACUGUAUCAUAGUGAGCCAUCCGGCAAUUACAGUGCUUGGAAGGCAGCAGCUAUUGGUGCAAGUCAUCAAGCGGCGCGUUCUAUGCUGAAAACCGAUUUUACCGAAGGGCUCAGCAUAGAUGAAGCAAAAUCCGUCGCUUGCAAAGUAUUACAAAAAACUAUGGACUGUGUCAAUUUGACAAGUGACAAAGUCGAAAUGUUCUACUUAACUCGCAACAAAGAUACAGGCGAAGUGUUUACGCAAACACUUUCGCUUUGA